AUGUUCAUCUAUAGCGGCAAGCUACAGUGGUUCAACUAUGGUUUAGGCGAGCUACUGGUUGUCGUUCUCCCCAACGGCCCGGUUCGUGUCGGAGAUACUGUCUAUCUCUCUUCUCAGUGGACCGUUGACGCCUCUGGCUUUAAGAAGCAGAAAUGGUUCGCCGCUCGGACGGUCGAAAAAGUGGUCAAGGCUGACAACGGCGACGACACCUUCACUGUAACUGGAGGAUACUACGUCUUUGUGAUCAGCAGCCAGCAGGGCUACAAGACUAUUAACAUCACCAUGUCCAACCCCGGCGGCUCCAAAGACCAUAUGACCCUCGAGCGUGUUUAUCAGUCCAAGGGCGAGGUCACUGCAGAGUCGGCCCGCAUCUGGACAGGGAAGCUCGACUGGCCUCAGAACGCUAGCAAUGAGCCUUUCACAGCUAUCGCCCCCGAGGGUUUUGGUGCUGGAAAACCGAUAUUGGCCUUCUGGCAGUGGACCGUCGAUGCCCAUCUGGAUCCCAAGGUUCAGUGUAUUGCCCAGGGCACUCAGACGGCUGAGACCCUCGCCGACGACAAAGUCAAGUUCACCUUUUCUGACCAUUACAACCUUGCUUGUACGUGGGAUGUCAAGACAGAGGAACUAGCCGUUCAUAUGCAAGACCCUGGCAAGCAUGAGCAGGAUAUUGGACCGUUCAAGUUGGCCGCUCUGAUCGAGUUCCAUUCUGAGGAUGUCACUCCGCCCGAUAUCCCUCUGGAGAAGGAGACAUUUGAUGUCCGAUAUCCUCAGGCAGAACCUUCCCUCCCACGGAUUCAGACGCCGCUGCCUUUUCCUCGAACUCUGCUCGAUACGCUGUCACAUACCGCAGCAUAUGUUGACCAGGCGGGCUACCUAGCUAAAUAUGCCGUCGGAAGAUAUCACGUUCUUGAUCAGUCUUACCACUCUUUACUCAAGCAGGUAGAUGAGCUGAACGAUCAGAUUCGCGAGCUACUAGGCAAAGUAGGCGAGCUCACCACUGUCAACGAGGCAGAGGAGCACGAGAUCGAGAGCCUUCAAAAGAAACUCUCAGACGCCCUGGACGCCGCGGCGAAGAGGGAGGCCGAGCUGACCCAGGAAAUCCAAGAUCUGCAGCAGGCCCUGGCGAAGGAGCAGGCCCAUGAUGCAGAAGACCACCAGGCCUUGGCUGAAGCUCAGAAGCAGCUCCGGGAGGCCAGGUCUUCCAUCGCUCUUCUCCAGAAGCGGGUCCUUGCCUUGCAGUGCGCCCUUGCCGAGAGCAACACGACCAUCGCUCGGCUGCAGAGCCAGGUGGCCAACCUCGGCAAGACUGUGAGCGAGCUGAGAGGCGAGUUAGAGGUGGAAAAGAAGCACAAUGCAGAUCUGUCGCGUGAGAAUGGCGAUCUGAAGAGCAGGGUGGCCUCGGCGGAGAAGGAGACCGCCGCGGUCAAGAAGACCCUGGAGCGCACCACCGAGGAUCUGAAGAAGGCGCAGGCCGAUAAUGAUGAAAAGGAUAAAAUCAUCAGUGGUCUUGAGGAGGGCAUCGUGGCGAUGAAAAAAGAUCGCGAUGCCAAGAAGGCCGCGUACGAUGAGCUAAAGAAGUCCACUGAUGCUACCAUCAAAGAGCUCCAGGACGAGAUAGCCAAGCUCUUGCGCAAUGGUGGUCAUUCUUGGCCCUCUGAUGGAUCAAUUCCUCCCCCUUUUGUGGACAUGCCUCCUCCUUUCAAUACUGGAUCCAGCCCUAUGGAUGAAAAGUGGUGGAAGCACACGGGUAUUGAUGACGACAUGGCCCGGAGGCUGGGUUUGGAGAUAUAA